GUUGUAUGUGCCAAAUAUAAAAGGCCCAAAAGCAAAGCUUUGUUUCUCUUCAGCUGCUCUUCAGAGUCGGCUUCUUCCUUUCGUGUUUCCUCCCUCCUUUUUUCUUGGUUUGAGUUGUUACAACGUUAAAUUUGCGUGAAGUUAUAGAAUUUAAGAUAAGCUGUUCCUGGUUCCAUAGGGCACCAUCAUGGCUGUACAUACAAAAUUCCACCUUAUUGCUUAUUCAGAAGAGCUCGUAGAUGGGCAGCCUAUUUUUGUUUCUUCAAACUGUCUUCCUAUCAAGGCUUCGAACUUUGAACCUGCAGGUCAUGCCUUCCAUUCUGUUGCACUUAAACUUCUUGGUGUUCAGGAAGAUAGCAGAGAUGCUGAUAGUAAAAAAGUGGUUGAUGAUAAGGAACAGGCUUAUUUCCCAUCUGAUUCUUAUAGUAGCAAGGGCAAAAAGAAAUCUGGUGCUGGUGACAAGCAGCAAGAUCACUAUGCAUUGUUGGGCUUGAGCCAUCUAAGGUAUCUUGCUACAGAGGAUCAAAUACGUAAAAGCUACCGUGAAACUGCUUUGAGGUUUCAUCCGGAUAAACAAGCUGCUUUGCUUCUUGCUGAGGAAAGUGAAGCUGCAAAGCAAGAAAAAAAGGAUGAAAUAGAAAGUCACUUUAAGGCAAUCCAGGAAGCAUAUGAAGUGUUGAUUGAUCCUCUGAAGAGAAGAAUUUAUGAUUCCACAGAUGAGUUUGAUGAUGAGAUUCCCACUGACUGUGCUCCACAAGACUUCUUCAAGGUGUUUGGUCCUGCUUUUAUGAGGAACGGGCGGUGGUCAGUUAACCAACCAAUUCCAACACUAGGUGAUGAUAAUACUCCAUUAAAAGAAGUUGAUAAUUUCUACAAUUUCUGGUACUCUUUCAAAAGCUGGAGGGAGUUUCCGCAUACUGAUGAGUUUGAUCUUGAGCAAGCUGAAUCUCGAGAUCACAAAAGGUGGAUGGAAAGACAGAAUGCAAAACUGAGUGAAAAAGCUAGGAAGGAAGAGUAUGCCCGGAUACGCACUCUUGUUGAUAAUGCUUAUAAGAGAGACCCAAGAAUAUUGAGAAGAAAGGAAGAAGAAAAAGCUGAGAAGCAAAGGAAAAAGGAGGCUAAGAUUAUGGCAAAGAGGUUGCAGGAAGAAGAAGCAGCUAGAAUUGCAGAAGAGGAGAGACGAAGAAAAGAGGAGGAAGAGAGACAAGCCGCAGAAGCUGCUUUACAACACAAGAGGGUGAAAGAGAAAGAGAAAAAGCUUCUGCGGAAGGAGCGAACACGUCUUCGAACUCUUUCGGGACCUAUUUUAUCACAGCAUUUAUUUGAUAUUUCCAAUGAUGAUGUAGAAAAGCUUUGCAUGACACUUGAUAUUGAGCAACUGAGGAGUCUGUGUGAGAACAUGGAAGGCAGGCAAGUGUUAUUAGAGCAAGCAAAAGUUCUAAGAGAUGCACUGAGUUGUAAGAAAGAAGUGGUUGAUGAGAAAUCCGAUCAACAGAAUGUCAAUGGUUCCAUAAAGGCUAAUGGCAGUACUUCACUAACCAACACUGAGAAGAAGGAGAAACCUUGGAAUAAAGAAGAGAUUGAUCUAUUGAGGAAGGGAAUGCAAAAGUAUCCCAAAGGAACAUCACGGCGAUGGGAGGUAAUUUCAGAAUACAUCGGUACCGGAAGAUCUGUUGAAGAAAUUAUGAAGGCAACUAAAACUGUUCUCCUCCAAAAACCUGAUUCAUCAAAAGCCUUUGAUGCAUUUCUUGAGAAAAGGAAACCAGGUGCACAAUCAAUUGCAUCACCGCUGACAACCAGGGAAGAAUUGGAAGGGACAUCAUCAACAACCAAUAAUGUAGAAGACUCUGAUAGCAAAAGUGCAGAAAAUCAGAACAACACUACCUCUGCUAAUGGAGUUUCAUCGAAUUCAGAACAGGAUGUGUGGUCUGCAGUGCAGGAACGGGCACUGGUUCAAGCUUUAAAAGCCUUUCCAAAGGAGACAAGCCAGAGAUGGGAGCGGGUUGCAGCAGCUGUGCCUGGAAAGACUGUAAAUCAAUGCAAGAAAAAAUUUGCAAUGAUGAAGGAGAAUUUUAGGAACAAAAAAACUGCAGUUUAAUGUCCUGUUGCUUUUUAGAUUUUACUACUAAUUUUUCUAAAGAGUAUACUUUAGUUUCAAAUUCCUCCAUAUAUUCUUAGGAGUUGAUGGUUUCAUCAUUUUAUGUUUUUCUUAUAUUAUUUUUAUGUUAAUUUUUCUUACUGUUUUUGGUUGCCUUGUUACGGUAGAUUUAAUGAUUAAUACGGUUACUUGUAUUGAUUAAGAGAUAGUAAACAUCAUUGUCAUUGUAGUAUUAUGACCAUUUUUAAAACCAAUAUUCUAUCAUUGAACACUAUUAUUUGGUUUG